AUGAUUUCCACAAAAGUGGGGGAAUCGAUUCCUCCAAAUACCAAGCACGCAGUUUCUGUUUGCUUGCCAACGUGGGACUCGAACAUUGGGUACGAAGAGGGCGAUCAGAAUGUCGUGGAUUCUAUGACCACGGGCUAUCCUAGGUUUUUUAUUCACAAGUCAAUUCAGCAGCUUUGCAACAACUUGACAGCCAAGUUUGCGAAAGAAGAUGAGACUUGCUUGGUCUUUCCAAGCUAUCAGGUAGCUAAAAGAUGUAGGGAAUUUGUCAGAGUAAAGGGUGACAAAUCGGCCCGUGUGAGAAUCUUACAGCUAGCUACCCAACCUCCGGCCAAUGAAGAAGAACGUUUGUGGAGGCGGGAAUGCAAAAUAGCAGUUGUAUUCACGCCUAAGGAUAGCUUCGGGCUACUCAAACAAUACUGGCAGCAUACAGGCGAGAUUGUUAGUAGCAGAAUGGCCGAAUACGUUUUGCAAGAAUUGGCUUUGCUCGAAAAGCAGUCGAACUCCCGCAGAGGCUCUCUUAACACUGCCGAGGUGGGUAGCACGGAUUUUAAAGAUAAGGAGGAGUUUGUUGAAAAACGGUUUGGGAGAAAUCUGGAUUUCUCCUCUGCUGAGAAUGCAAAGCUUGUGAUAAAAAGAAGAAUUGCCCGCAAAGUAGUUGAAGUCGAUGACGAAGAGGACGAGACCACCCAAAUGCAAGAACUCACGAUACGGCCCGAUGCAGAAGACAGCAGGAACGCUACAACGGUCAUCUCAGAUAAUUCUACCAUACCAGCGGAAGUUAUUCAGCAGGAGGAACAUCAAUCAAACCCGCCAUCUUUAGAUGAACGAUUGCAUCUCAUUGCUGAGCGCGAUAUUCACCUUUUCCCCAGUGGAAUGGCAUCGAUUUUUACUGCACAUAGACUUCUGUUAUCGUUGGAUGUGUGCCGUGUGCGCCGAAGAACAAUCACGCAGCCAGAUCGCCAAGAGGUCAUAAGUCCGCCCAAUUCUGGAGUUUCCGACGUUGUGGGAUAUGGAGACCCAUACAAGAAAACAGUCAUGUUUGGUUUUCCUUAUACUGAUACGUUGUCUAUUUUGCGAAAGUUUAACCAUACACAUUUUCUUGGAGACGGAGAUGAAAAGUCUAUGAAUCAACUUAAAGAAAUUCUCCAUUCUGGCGAGCAGGUUUUAGCGGUUUUCAUAGAAGCACCUUCAAAUCCAUUGCUCAAAAUGGGCAACUUAGAGCAAUUGCGAGAGUUAGCCAACGCGUAUGGGUUCUAUAUUGUGGUCGACGAGACUGCAGGGGGCUUUGUUAACAUAGACGUUUUACCUCACGCCGAUAUAGUAUGCUCUUCACUCACCAAGAUCUUUAGUGGUGACUCAAAUGUUAUGGCAGGUUCCUUGGUCCUCAAUCCUAGAUCACCACUGUACUCCUUCGCUCAGCAAUUUUUCCAAAAUGGCGACUUUGAAGACUUGCUGUGGUGCGAAGACGUGAUAUAUCUUGAACGCAAUUCGCGAGACUUUGUUACAAGGACAUUAACUAUCAAUGAAAACACUAAGCAACUUUUGGAGGACGUUUUGAUCCCUGAAGAGGGCAAAUUGUUCAAGAAGAUAUUUUACCCGAGUUUAACUUCGGAGGAAACAAAGAAAAACUUUGACGCUAUAAAAUGUAGGAAAGGAGGCUAUGGUGGGCUCUUUUCACUCACCUUUUAUUCCGAGUCCCAAGCGCAAGUGUUUUUCGAUUCCUUGAAUCUCUGUAAGGGCCCUUCUUUAGGGACGAAUUUUACGCUGGCGUGUCCCUACGCGAUAUUGGCACACUACCAAGAACUAGAAGAAGUCAAACGUUACGGUGUAGAAAGGGCGCUAGUGAGAGUCAGUGUGGGGCUUGAAGACUCGGAGGCGCUUAAAAAGGCUUUCUCAGAGGCGAUUGCCAAGGCCACGAAAGCCGGACCCUGA